GAAGAUCCCCCGAUUCUCUUCUCUUUUUUUUCCGCUUCGGGUUUCAAGCCGCGGCAGCGCCGGCGGCGGCGUCUCGAGCAAUGGGAGUGGGGAGUUGCCGCUACACUGCUUUGCCUGGGACCCAUAAGGCUGUUAAGACGGCCCUGCCUCCACCCAGAUGCAAGCUAGCCCCAGAUUUAUUGAGCUUUUCAAGAUGCCCCGUCACUGCUCUGCUACUGGCUGUUGCACCCGUGAUACACCUGAAACACGCAACCGAGGCGUUUCUUUUCAUCGAUUGCCAAAGGACAAUCCGCGGCGAACCACAUGGUUGGAGAAUUGUCAACGGAAAGACAUGAGUGGGCAGGGUGUCUGGGACCCUGCCUCUAAAUAUGUUUAUUUUUGCUCCAAGCACUUUGAGAAGAAUUGCUUUGAACUAGUGGGCACCAGCGGCUAUCAUCGUCUCAAAGAAGGGGCUGUUCCUACGAUAUUUGAGCUUCAUGCAAAGCCACGCCGGAAGUCUAAAUUAAACAGUUCAAAACUUGCAAAGUAUCAACGGAAGCAGAUCUGUGGCUGCCGCAAUGCAGAGUCGUCAACUCCAUUGUGUAUGGAUGUCUCUUGCUUCCCCGUGCAAGAGCUGCCAAGUCCUGGGGCUGCUCCCACUACUGGUGAGCUUCGAAGCCAGCCGAAUCUCCCAGGGUCAGAACCAGAGAAUUUGGCCACUCUGACAGACAUACCCCUGGAACAGUUACCAGCUGCCACUGGCCAAGAAGAGGCCUCUCCAUCUCCCGCUCUCCCAGAACCUGUAGGGGAUCCAUCUCAACCCGUUUCUCUCUCCCUCUACAUGCUACGACUCCCACCCCCAGCUGGUGCCUACAUCCAGAAUGAGCACAGCUACCAGGUGGGUAGUGCCUUGCUCUGGAAGAGACGGGCCGAGGCAGCACUUGAUGCUUUAGGGAAAACACAGCGACAGCUGCAAGCUUGCCGGCGUCGUGAACAGAGACUCCGCCUACGCAUCUGUGAGUUGCAGCGUGAACGGCGGCCACACAGUGCCGAUGCACAUCGACGGUUUAAGGAACACCUGCAGGUCUUUGAAUUGCAGCUAGUGAAUGACAUUGAAUGACUUCCCUCGGCCCAAACUUACCUUGCUUUGUGUGGUGGUGUUGCAAACUUGGGCUGUCAUAUUUCCCAUCUCCAAAGUAUAUUGUAGCAAAACCUGGGGCUCUACAAACAUGGAAUCCACUUCAUGCAACCCUGUUUCCCCUUCACCAUUCGUGUUUAUAUUUGUACAGGAAUAUUUCUUUUGUAUAAAGUGGAUGUUCCCAACUCAGUUGAAAGAUUGCUGGAGGACAGAUAUUCAGGAAAGAGUUAUUUUGAGGAUUUCAUUAUGGUGCUGCCCAAAAGGGGUCAUAGUAUUUCUUUUUAAAAAGCUGCUUGACAUCCUGAAUUUAGAGCUUGUCAUGAUUGCCCAAUAGAAGAAAAAUCUUUUUGAUGCUUUUCUUUAAGUUAUAAGGCUGUAUGAUAUGAAAAUCUUACCAAGUAUUAUCACAAAAAACUUCUUCCUAGCAUAUUCCCGCAGGUGCGGGGUUCACUUGUCACACCAAAACUCAACAAAACCAAUACAUUUGCAUGUAUCAUAUUGACAGACAAAUAUGGUAAUGAUUUAAAUCUGAAUUACAUAAAGAGAAAAAUUGGCUCUUUAUUCUUGGUCUGCUGAGGGAUAAUUUUCUACAAGACAUUUACCUGUUCUGGUACGUAAGCUGCUAGGCCAUGAAUUUAGACACAGCUUGAAGCAAAGCUAAUUGCAGGAGCUGAGAGAAGCCUAAUUUAAAUAAAAUUUCAGGAGAAUACUUUAAAUACUGAAAUAAUGAAGAGAAACUUUUGGUUCACAAAUUAUGUCAAUCCUGUAUGUUUUGAUUAAGAACUUUUCUAGAUGUGCUCCUUACAUAAUACUUCUCAGAAUAUUUUACUCACUAUACAAGAUGUUUUGGAUUCUCAUUCUGUUUUGUAAUUCGAAAACUACUUGCGUGCAAGAAUCUCUUGCUGGAUCAAGGGAGUGAUCUUCAGCUCUAAGUAAAACCAUUUUAAUAUAAUUUUAUUAAGAAAUUUGAUUACAAUAGUAAUAAGUAAAAUCAUUUCUGUGGCUUAACGUACAAGUGGCGGCCUCAUAAAUAAAUGCCUCUGAUUGAUUAACUUUUACUUUUUAAAAGCAGCAGCUAAGCCAUUUUUCUUAUGAAGGGAAAACUGAACAUGUGGAAUUCUACUCAGCUGUAUGCUUAUAAUAUUCUUGUUGAAGAAUGCAUAAGAAAAAUUGUGGGGACUUAUAAUUUGUAGAUUUCAAUGUACUAAUAUUUAAUAUAAUAAAACAAACUGAACAUUGGGGUAUCUUCAUUUCA